CGCAGUCAGUUAGCUGCGUUAGCCUUUAGCCGCUGGGGCUAGCGGCGACAUCCAGCGCCGCGGGGAAAUGAAGCGUUAUUGCCCUUUGUUUUGUUUCUGUUCGAAUCCGACCGGCAGACGCAGCGCAGGCGGCCGAGUGGUCGCGCGAACGAGGGGAUUCGAAACGGCGGAAAUUGUUUUUGCUUUAACGGCUAUUUGUUGGAAGUAUCCGCCGCCUUCAAAACACUCUCCGGCUAGUCCGUUAGCCAAGCAGCUAACUCUGGAUUCUCCCGCGACCCAGAAAGAGCCAGGACUCCAAAACUUCGCCAGCAGGCAGAGAGCGAGCGAGCGAGCGAGAGGGACUCGCGGGUCCCGCUAACACGGACGCUAGCUAGCGGCUGUCAGUUAGCUCUUCGUCUUCGGCCGAGCCCCCCGCUCUUGAUGUGAGCUGAGCGAAUUAGAUCCGCGGGAGUCAUCCUCUAUAUCGAGGAGCUGCCUCAUCGCUUCGAGCAUCGGGUCAGUCUGUGUGCUUCUCACCCACCAGCAUGUACACCGGACAGUGGACACCUUAGCCGGAACAGACCCUGGCUUCCCAAAGAUGACAAGGUGCUGGCAAGCUGCAGCUACGAAAUGAUGGGAGGCAGUGAGACUGUCAGUGGGGACAAGGAUGGUGUCCACACCACUGCAAUACACGUCCCCAUCGGCUGGCAGAGGAGAGUGGAGGGCGGCCAGGUGAUCUAUGUCAGUCCCAGUGGCACUGCCUUGUCCUCUCUGGACGAGGUCAAGACCUAUCUGUUGACUGAUGGCACCUGCAAAUGUGGUCUGGAGUGUCCACUCAUCAUCCAUAAGGUUUUCAGCUUCACUGUGGGAGUGAAGGUGGAACAGCACAGCCAGCCUUUAGGCCGAACGGAGCAGGACAUGACCAAACUGUGUAACCACCGCAGGAAAGUGGUAGCUAUGGCAGCUCUGUGCCGCAGUAUGCAGGCCUCACAGCUGCCCUUCACCAACCUUCACCAUGCAGAGGUGAACAUCCGGGUGGACAGUCGCGAUCCUAACGGGGCACUGGUGCGGGAAGAAGAGGGCCGUGGCCUUUACCAUCCCAAACUCCAUCCUGUCCCUUCUCGAUCCCACAACAACUUCCACUCAAAUCCCUGUGCCAGCCCCAAAUCCCCCCACCAGUUUAUGUAUCCUCAUAAUGGUUCCUCCCCCGUCCUUCACACAGGCACAAACCCCCACCAUCCCUUAGAUACUUUGAGAAGGCUUCACCAUCCUCCUUCUCUCCCUGCAUCAGCCACCUCUUCCUCCAGCUCCACAUUCACAUCCUACAGCUCUGCUCAGAGGUCACCCCGUACCCCCACACCUCAGAACGUCAGUCAAGGUCAAAGAACACCCAAAACACCUGAGACUCCUGGUUCUCCUCGGCUCAGGCCCCUCUCUCCACCUCCUCCCUCCUCCCCUAUGCCUCUUGGGGGAGGAGGUAGAGGAGGACAGACCCACACUCAUCAUCCUCAUGGUGUCAUUGUAGGAGGCUCCUCCCCUUCUCUAUCUCCCUCCCUCUCGCCCUCUGUGCAUAACAUGAACUGUGUUUCUCCUCACCGGCGGACCCGCCACCCUUCAGCCUCUCCUUCCCCUCUCUCUGAGCAAGGCGGAGCCUCAGCAGCGGCAGAAGGACAGAUGGGAAGUAACUUGUCUCAGAGGAGGAAGUCCUCCUCUUCCUCUCCACACUCCCCUCUCCCUGGUGGCUCCCCAAACCCCAGCCCCCAUUUUGCCAAGUACAAGCUGGAAGAUAUCUUGGAGCAGUUAAAGAACUCAGGCAACAGCAGCACUAAUAACAACCACCUCCUGAACCCUAAUAGCCCCUCCUUACUGACCAACCAAAGCAGUAGCAACAUUCAUGCCCUCUCCUCAAAGCCUUCAAAGAGUAUCAUGAGUCAGACUUCUAGCACAGGACUACCAGGUUUUGGGUUGAACUCCGCAGGCCCCUCGAGUUUACCUCUGGGGGCAUUUCUGAACCACCACCACAGCCAUCAGGGCAAAAUGCCACACCCGGCUUCUUUCCCUGCAAGUAACUUGCUCUCUGCAGCUGCGAAGGCUCAGCUGGCUAACCAGAUAACCCAGGGCCAGGGCUCAAAUGUGGCCAGCAACCCAGCGAGCUUGCCCUCCUCUCUGGACGUCUUGAAAGAGGCACAGCAGCAUCAGUCAUCAAAGGUAACUAACAGCACUUUACAUAACAACCACCCUCCCUCCUCCACCGCUUCUAGGCCUCCCCAUCCCUCUCUUGCAGCAGCCUCUGCCAUCCUCUUUCCUCCAUGCCACUCUCUGGCCCAGUCCCUGGCUUCCUCUUUGCCCCACCUGCCUCCCACGGUAGAGCGCAAUGCAUCGCACAGGAAGAGGCAACGGCGAUCUCCGACAGUGCUCAGCAUGCUGAGAGACACCCAGCAGCUGGCUAACGGUCCACAGAAGACCCCACCAGGAGGAGAAGCUGUUUCUGUGACAGCUAUCAACCUUUCCUCGUCUUCCUCCCCGUCCUCCUCACACUCCCCCUCCUCUACCUCAGCUGUGCAGAACCAGAAUGCUGUCAUGUUGGAAACCCAUCAUCAUCCCCUCCCCGGGCAGAUGCCCAGGCUCCUCGCUCCUCGACAGACGGCUCACCUUUCCAGGCCUCCGCGACAAAACGAGGCUCUGGAUUUCACUACAGGCCUGAGGCCCGCACCGCUUGGCUUGGAUCCUCCAACCCAGCCUCUGUCUGCUCUGUUGCACCUGCUCAGUGUGCAGAAUGCGCAGGCCACAACUUCAGCAUCUAACUCUGCUUCUACUCAGCCAGGAUCGGUGUCUGUUGAAGGCAUUGGACACACUAAUAGACAGAGCCCCAGACUGUCACCCUCCUCUCCUGCGACUCAUUCUAACAGCAGGCACCCACAGUCACCCUGCAGGACCAAUGACACUAAUUCUCUGCCCUUGGUGCCACAGCCGCUUUCUCCUCCUCCCACUCCCUCUCAGUUCAGAUCAUCGCAGUCUCAUACACACUCUCGGUCAACGAGAUCAAGUCCUCUGCAGACACACUCUUCAACAAUGCUGCCCAACUCAAAUGUAGCUUUACCCAACAGCAGCAGGAGCCCAUCUCAACACAUGUCCCCAUCUCCCUCAGACAAGCCUCAACCAACUGAGAAUCACGUUCCCACCAUAGAUUCUGUUUCCCAGGAACCUUUGCAGGAAGCCUCACAGGAAGGCCCUGUGAGAAUGGAGAUGGGUAGUCAUGACGCAUCAACAUCAGUGGACCUGACUCACUGUCAAGGUGGUGUUUCUAUUGCAGUAUCCACGUCCCCGAAGCCUCUUGAUCUUAGCAACCAUGUCCUGGCUCUUCUUGCAGCCUCUUCCACGGUUCCACAGGGGGAGGGCAGCUCCUCGGACUGCACCACUGAUGUUGAGAUGUCGUCCCAAGGAAAUCAUGCAACAGGGCCAGAGCAGCCUGGAUGUGUGGACCCAAAGGUCUCCACAGUAACCAAACCUCCGGCAGCCGUCAGCCCUGGGCCCGACAUCGCCACUCGUCUUGGGGAUCAUAACCAUACCCCCAACCCUUCAGCUCUGGGCGACUCUACCACCCCCUCACCUCUGGCAGAGGCCUUCCCCUUCAUGAACCAAGAGCAGCUGCUUCAGCUGCUGUCCUCCACAGGAGGUCUGCCAUCCCUCCUGGACCCUACAGUCCUUGCUUCGUUGCCCCUCGGGGGGCUGUGGUUGGGAGGACAACAUGCACAGAUGCCCCCCGCCAAUGCCACACUACAAACACCACAGAAUCUCGCCGAGCAGCAGCAGUCGGAGCAACAGCAGUUACUGAUUCAACACCAAGAGACACAGCAGCAAAACCAGGAUCAGCAGCAGAAGCAACAACAGAUAAACAGUAGUCCUCUGUUUCCCUUGUUGCCCUUGUUGAGUGGUGCCCAAGGGGAGUUUCCUCUGAACCUCUUGGGCCUAUUGAACCCCCUCCCACCCCCGGCUUCAACCCCUACCCCAGGACAGGAAGCUGAUUUGGGUUUAACAGAAAAACCUACCCUUCAGGCUCUGCUUAUGGCCUCCUUGUUGCUCGGGCAACAUCAGGCACCUUUGAUACCUCUGUCUAGCCUGGGUCAGUUGAGCCAGGUCAGCUUGGAAGUUCCUCUCCAGCAGCCACAGCAGAUCCCCACCACAUUGGAGGGUCUCACCCUGGAUAAGGUCACUGGCCUCCUAGAUCCAUCUACUCUAACGGGCCCGGGGCUCUUGGAGAUCGCCCAGGGCCUUCUCCCCAUCCUCCCAGGAGCUGAGGGCACUAUCCAAGCCCUGCAGUCUUUGCUCCUUCCCACCACGCUUCCUCCUCCCUCUGCAGCCUUCCUCCCCCUCAGCCCUGCCUUGCUCACUGCUGCCCUGAGCUCUGCUGAGCUCCACCCACCACCCCAUACCCAAUUAGCUCCUGCACAGCAAACCCAACAUACCCAACCUCAGGUACCUACUGAUGCUGGUGUUGACACCCUCAUUCCCCUGUCUCUCCAAGGCAAGGACAACCCCAUCCUCCAACACUUACUUCCCACUCUGCUUAACCCUGCUGUAUUAGGAGAUCUCUCUGCCAUCACGGGUCUUCAUAACAUGAUGGGGAUUGGAGCGGGUUCAAUCCUACUGCCCCCAGUCCAAACCUCAGCUUUGGGUAUGCCACUGCUGCAGGGUCCUGAUGGGGCCAUCAAUUUGCUCAACAACAUACAGCUAAACCUUGCACCGCCAUCAGAGGGAGAGAAGCCAGCCUCAAUGCAGGAAACGCAAAGCCCUGCCCUACAGCAAGACAUUCCAACAAGUCAGAUCGCUCCUGAUGUGGUCCCCAGUCCUGCUCCAGCUCAGCCACCAGGCCCCGCCCCUGCCCAUGAGCCCACCCAACCCCCCCGAGAGUCUGAGGGCAGGUCUGUUAUCGAUCCUUACACCUCUUUCAUGGACACAAUUUAUACCUCCUUCCUUCAAGUCAGUGCUAAAGAGCAGGAAGAUGGGGCCCACUUGGGACCAUCUGACCCCACUUCACCCUUUUGUGCCUUACCACCGGUUUCUUUCCCUGUCGAGCACCAUACCCCAUCCGCCCCUGUCCCAACUCUGCCUCAGGCAAGUGCCCCAGUCUCCCUAAGUCCCCGUAGGGCUUGCUCCCUCCGCAACCCAGACUUAUCCCGACUCAGCCUGGAAGCAGCAGCCCAUUCCCCAGCCCAGGGGACGCCCAAACCCAGUGAGGACGGUUCUACGUCCCCCCUACAAAGGAAGCCAGGCAUUGUAGAGGGACACACCCACCCAGAGCCUCCUAUGCCACCCAUAUACUUGGAGGAGGCGAAGACGGACUGUUUUGUGGAGGCAGGUGGGGAUAGGCAGGGUCAUCUUCCCCAUUCAGGGUACCUCAGUCCCAUGGAUGGAUGCAGCUUGAGGCCCAAUGAGGAGACAGCUGGGACAUUGCUGCACACCGAACAGGGAAGGGAUCAAGCAGGAACUGUGGGCGGAGCCAGAAGGGGAAGGAAAAGGAAACAAACGCUACAGAAUGUGUUGGAAGACUUCAGAGACAUGGAUGCUACAGCACUAGAGGAAACCAAGGCUACAACGUCACUGCUGAAGCCUGAGCGGUCAGUGCGCGGCAGGAGGCGACGAGGCGCCAGGUCUCAGAGACAGUGAUUGGUGGAGGGAGCUGUCAGUCAGAGCUGUUCACCAAUCAUAGGUGGCUAGACGCCCCCUCUAUUCCACCCCCACCCCCUCCCCCAAAAAUCUCUCCACCAUCAUCACCACUGUUUAGAUCUUUUUUUCUUAAAAAAAAAAAAAUUCAACUGCACUAAUAUUAUGUUGUUGUCAUAUCAACUGUUGUUAUGGCAACCACUUUGAAAACCACAUAGGAGACAGAUCUAGUCUGAAAAAGGAAUUUAUAAAAAGUGAAAACAAAAAAAGAGUUUGUGGAUACUGUUUCACUUAGGUCUUCUCUUAGGUCUAGUUCACACAAUAACGGUUGCUUGACAUCGUGAUCAGAGAUCUGUUAAUUAUGGUUGGUGUUAGAAUUAUGUCAGUGAGAAAAUACAAAAAAACAAAACAAACAGAAGUACUGUCUUCUCAUCAGUGUGCGACUGGGAGUCAGGAUAAAAAGCCCAUCUACUUGAACGAUGCUCUCUGUUGAAAGUGUGUCUGCACGUGUGUGGAUGUGUGUGUCUUUCUGUGUGUCCGAGUGUGUGUUGGACAACAGUGCUAUUGCUGAGCCCCUCACUGUCCAAACAUUGGUUGAAUUAAUUUUCAUUUUAGUAAAUGGACAACUCUGUCUGAUAUUAGGAUAAAGAGACACACAGCGGUUGUAUUUCAAAGAAUUGUUUGGAAAAGCGCUGGAAAGAAUGUCAGAAGAAUUGGAGUUUCUUUUACCUUCCUCAGGAUGAACUAACCUUCGUAUGGGCCAAGCCAAGGAAAUAAUAUGGUUCACUCUUAUCAGGUUUCUUAGCCAGUUUACAUCAACCACUCGUCACACUUUUUUUUUAAAUUUUCAAAUCCUGAUUCGACAUCCUGUGAGAUUGUGUAUCACUAAUAAUUUUAUAAACAGAAAAUCUAAAUCUAAAUUUACAAUAUUUUGUUUUGUAUAACCCUUUGAAUCAUGUCAUAACACAUCAAUGUUUCCCAGCAGACCAGGUAACUAUUCAAAAUGAAUCUAAACCACACCCAGGUUUUGACAUUUGUGAGGUCUAGAACAAAUCUGGUACAGUUCAGAGGAACUGUGAGCACAACUGGUCUCACUUGAACUUCACGUGCUGCGUUGUGUUGGAAACUAUGUAAUUAUCUGUUGACAUAACACUCACCCAAACUUUCACCCCUAGUCAUGAGAUAAAUGUCUGGGGGGGGGAAGGAUUCAAUUUCCAAACUAAACGUGCAGGAACCCUGAGUUUAUAGAAAGUACAGUUUGUCUUUUGAUUGUAUGAACGAAUGGCUGGAAAACUUUUAACAACGCAGAGAGCGACAGUGUCUUACGUGGAUCUAUUGAGUCCGUGUGUUACUGUGGAUGUGGAGUAAUAUCCUCCCUCUGUCUCAUGUCACUGUUUGAGCUCUCCUCCACACACUGCCCUGCCCCGAGAGUACUGGCAUCGCUAGCUGUAUUUAAAAAAAAAGAAAGAAAGAAAAAGGUUUAAAAAAAAAAAAAGAAUAAAGAAAAGUGAAAAAGAAAGUGGAUUAUGCAAUUUCUACACUUGGAGAUUUGUACAUAUGUACAGUUAAUGUGUUUUAUUUUGAUUUUAUAUUGUUAGAGAAAGAGACGAGAGAAAAACAUGAAUUGUGAAUGAAUUUUUCUGGGAAUUGUAAUUAAGUAUUUUUCUCAUUCUACCCCUGCUUUCAAUACUUAUGUUUAAAAAGAUGAUUAAAUUGUGGACUGUAGCUUUCUUUUUUUAUAUGGGAGUCUUUUUUUAUUUAAUAUUAAACUAUUUACAGAAAAUUCA